UCCAUCCCGACGGGUUUGUGAUGAUCGCGAAAAAACAGCUGUGCAUCGCACUCCCGCGCGCAAUAUCGCACGGUAUCGGGAAAACUGCACUCACCGAUUGCAUUGCUUGAGUCUCGAGCCGCGAAGCGUGGCCUGGCGUGGCUUGGACUUCGGUCAGGCUGUCUCGCCGUUUCCUGUCUAGACUGCGAUAGAGGAUUUCAACGCUUCCUGACAACGGAGCCAACGGCAGCACUUCCUCGAGGACAAACCCCAUGGAAGCCGGGAACUUUGGCAGUGAGCGUGAGUCAGCACUGCGGCAGUGGCUCCUCCAAUGACCCAGCUGGCGCCGGUGCCUCGCACACAGUCUAGUCAGGGCAGCAGCGUGCCACACCCAGCCACCCGCUCUGCCAGGCCAACCUGUGCUGAACGACUCACAUGCAACGGACGAAGUCCUAGGCCAGAGCUUGGUCAGCACGACUCUCGUUCCACACCCCUUCCUCAGAGCGAAGGUGCGUUGUACUUCUGCCUCGACUGUGACACGAACCAAUGUGAGGGCUGUGAGCUAGUGCUCCACGAGCAGUCCCGUUUCCGUGACCACCGGCCUCGCGUCCCAGUGGUCAAGCCUGAGCCUCAUCUGCUGUGUGAGGGCUUCAGUUGCCGGGGUGAAAACCUCGCCGACAUCCGCUGCCACACCUGCGAGCGCAGCCUCUGCUACGCCUGCGACUACCAGAUACACCUCCUGCGCCGCAGGUUUGCCCACGUCAAGGUUCGCUUUCGCUACUACCUCGAGCGACAGGCAAAGUUGGCCGCAGCAGAGGUGGCGAUCGACGACGAGGAAGAGCAGUACCUGUCGGCCGAGCCCUAUUGCAGUCUGCCCUAUGAGGACACCGGCACAGCCAUGAUGGAGCCGACAUCUCACGAGCCAGAUGUGGUCAGCGACACCCGCAGUGGCUGCAAGUCACUACCGACGCAUUCCAGCAUUCUGCUUGUCGACGACAAGGAGGUGCUUCAGGUGUCAUCGGGCGCAGAGCUUGCCGCCCAGCUGGGCUGCAGCUCCGACACGUCUGUCAAGGUGGUCUCCAUCUUUGGCAACACGGGCGAAGGAAAGUCGCACACCCUGAACCACACCUUCUACAACGGGCAGCGGGUGUUUCAAACGUCACCUCAGCAGGAGUCGUGCACCAUUGGUGUCUGGGCGGCGCACUGUCCCGAGCACGGCCUGCUCACCAUCGACACCGAGGGGCUGCUCGGGGUGGCUGAGAACCAGAACCAGCGCACCAGACUUCUCCUCAAGGUGCUGGCCGUCUCGGACAUAGUCAUCUACCGCACGCGGGCUGAGCGGCUCACGACAGACCUGUUCACAUUUCUCGGGGAUGCCUCCCAGGCUUACGUCAGCCACUUCGCGCACGAGCUCAAGGCCCUCAAGGAACGCGGCAAGCUCGACAAACCAAUCUCGGCAUUGGGGCCGGCCGUCAUAGUCUUCCACGAGACGAUGUACACCGAGCCGCUUGCUGGUGGCGAGGGUGCCAAAUCCGCUGUUGAGGAACUGAAGAAGCGCUUUGGGGAUAGCAAGAGGAGCAUCGAUGCUUUCAGUGACUUGCAGUACGUUGGCAUCCAGACAGUGGGGUUGCCAACGUGCUUUGAUGGUUUGAGGGCUACAGUGAAGAAGGUCAUGGACAAUUCGACGGUGCGCUCCGCAAGGCCCGUUGAGUUCAUAUUCCAGGCGCUCAAGCAUUUGAAUGAGAAGUUCAACGGCGACAUUGACAGCAGUGUUCCGAGCACGUUUCCCGAUCAGUAUUUCACCUGCCCUGUCUCGUGCCUCUCCUGCAACGCUCGGUGCAACAAGGCAAUGAACCACCAAGACGACCACUGUGGCUCUACCAGAUGCCAUUACCAAAGCCACCUGGACAACAGGGUCCAGCAAUGCAAGGCAAGUGUGGCUCUAGGAAGGCUUGAGCUCCAUGGUUUCAUAGAGUUGGUUGGGCAAAACUGCUACGAAAAGUUUGGCCGCGAGGUGGUACUCACGCCGCAGACUGGUGCCAAAAACGAUUCUACGGUGACGGCUUUGGCGAAGUUUGCGUGGUCGGGGUACGUGUUUGAGUGUCCCAGCUGCGGUGUGAUCUACCAGAGCCGAAAGUACUGGUUCGGCAACAGGGACCCCGAGGAGACAGUCACCAGGGUCGAAAUUGUGCACGUCUGGCCUGUUGAGAAGCCGGCAACACAGGAGCCAGGCAUUACUGCACAGAGGGUUCUUGACGGUCUACAGACCAUCACGGAGACAGUCUCAACGUAUAGCGCACGACCAACGCGAACCAUGUCUGACUGGAUAAACGACCAGAUCGCACCUUCGUACUGGGUCCCCAACUACAAGAUUCAGGCCUGCCACAAGUGCGAAAAAAGCUUUCCUCCCGAAGAGAAGAAGCACCACUGUCGCGCCUGUGGCAAUGGCUUCUGUCAAGAGUGCUCGUCCAAGACGCGGCCAGUGCCCGAACGUGGCUGGGGCACAGAACCUGUGAGAGUCUGCGACGACUGUUUCGAACCAGCGGAAAACAAGACACCCACUGCAUCCCGAGAGGAAGGAAGCGAAUCCGAACUGACGGCACGAAAGCUGGGGGAGGCACUCUUCAGCACCUUUGGCAUUGUUGCAUCAGCCAUGGAGUAUCCCAUCGGAUCUGUUCUAGGUUUCAUAAAGGACACGGCACGGCCCGCCUACUGGCAGGCAGACAGCGAGGUCACCGAAUGCGCCGUUUGCAAAGAGACAUUUGGCCUGCGCAACCCAAUCCACCACUGCCGUAGUUGCGGAAGGUGCAUCUGCAAUGGCUGCUCGGCGACACGCAGGCCCGUCCCCUCCCGGGGCUGGCAAAGCGCAGUACGUGUGUGCGACGACUGUGAAAAACGACCGGAGCUGUGACGAGUGCUACACCAGCAUAGGGCUCAGGACUGAUAGACGCUGCAUUCCUAAGGACACGCGUGACGGUGCAGUGCGAGUGAAGUGUGGUGUGAUGUGAGAGUUUAGUCUCAGUUGUGGAUCCUGAAGAAGUGACCGUCACAGAGUUGUGCGCUCCAGUGGUUGGCACAGUUGAUGCUGUGUAAACCUCUUUCCGUGCAGGAUGGUCGCAAUGGUGUAUAGAGCAGUGUUAGUCACCACAGAUUAUCUGAAGAGAGCUACGUUUAGUUUUUGCUGGCCACCAACUGGCACUGUAGCGGAGACGUCAUAGUGUACAGUGGAAAGACCAGUUGUAGCUACGGUUAGGCCUGGGUGCAGUGGAAGAAUUCUUAAUGUGGGAGUAAUGCCUCGACGUUGUACAGUAAAGUCUCACUUGAACGCGAGACUUUGUAGGUUCUCUAGCUGUUGCUCCUUGCGAAUGAAAUGUGCUCCUUUGUGCCAUCAUCCUUCAUUAUCAGCAACAAUGAUGUGGUGAGCCGGAGCUGCAUUCUGACUUUUAUGUCUUUUAAUGGCAAUGUCGUUGCCAUGCAUUUUCUUGUUUUUUUUCUUCGGGAGAGUAGGUUACAUAUGCACACGGGUAUCGAAGUUCUCUCUGAUCGUCAGGCGCGUUUCGCUGGGUUUUUAAAAAAAUACAAAGGCUUAAGUUUUACUCGUAAGCGACUGUGAUGAACAGUGUUGAUGGAGGGAUGGAGGCAUUUUUUUAUGAAGAUGUGUUGGAGGCAUUGUCCUCGAAAUCCGUGAUGACGUUGCUUCUUCUGUGGCAGUUCUUGUGGCAGUGUCUUUCUUUCUGUAGAUCAUAAUUUGGUUUGAGAACGUGUUGCACACACAGAUCAUGUGGAAACGUAACAGUAUCGAGAACAUACUUAGCAAAAUGUAGCUUCAGAUAUUACUUUAGUGACACAUGAUGCUACAGAUGCAUUCUUCUCGCUGAUGAUCCAUUCUACAUCGGGCAAAAUUUUAUGUCAGGCCAUCAUGCUUGAAGGUCUUUGUUCUCAGGUACUUCAAUUUCUUAUUUCUUUCGAAAGAUCAAUUAAAAAAACAUUACUGAAUGUUAUUGAACAUUAUAGAAUUCCCAGCCAUACGAAUAGUCACUGACGGUUUCUUUGUAGGCAUAUCAGUACCCAGAUGAAUCUGGCACAUAUCUACUUCACCGUAUUUUCUCGCGCGUAACCUGCACGAAAUAUACAGAAAAUUCUAAGCUAAAACUGGGUGUAGGUUAUAAACGAAUGUCAGUGUGCAAGUUGGGUUCGCGGCAGUGCUUCAUGGUUUUGGAAGGAAGACUGCUUCACGGCAGUAUGCGAGGAUCUCUUUCUUUUAUUUUUAUUUUUCUACGCUUUGUAGUUGGGAUGCAGGUCAUGCACGGGAAAAUAUGGUACUUCUAUCCAGGAAACCAAAAUUUGUGUAUGUCGUUUUUACAUGUUUUGCACUUUCUUUUGUAAUUUUAGUAGUGUCUUUUUAAAUCGGCAGUGUGGUUACAGUGUAAGUAUUAUGUAUUUAGUUCUACUAUAUGCCCCUUUCGGACUUUAUUUCGUCUUUGUCUUACUGAAUCUUUUUUGUGCAUUCCAAUGUUUGUUGCUGUAUUUCUACCAUGCCUUUUGAUAGUACUUUACAAGUGAUGUGAUGUGCGUAUUUUUGCUCAUCCAAUGCAGUGAUGUCUAGCUUAAAAUAGCUGUUUACACGCUUACAUCCCAACUAAAUCAAUUUAUCGUAUUUACGAGCUUGCGUUUACACAGUAAUUGCUCAUCCACUGAAGAACAAAUUGUCGUGGUUGUGUUGCGAGCUUCAGGUACACCGUUGACAAAUUCUUUAUCGGUGACUUUUACAUACAUAGCGAGUAGUAGUUGCUUGAGAUAAUUUUAUGCCAGUUACUGUUUAAGAGAACCUCUUGUAGGUCUUUUCUUUGUACCUGAAAAAAAAAAAAAAAGCUUGUGUACCAAAGCUUUACUAAAGGGGCCCAAAAACACCUAAGUAAUCAUGGAAUAACGUUGUUAUUGGAGUAGGUUGCCUAAAGAAUCUCCCGCUUUGAGAAUUUUUCUAAUCGUUUAAAUGUAAGUGGAGAGUUGCAGGUGGUUAUUGCAUGCUACGAGAGGCAUUCUCUGUCCUUUCGCUCCCGUGCAUGCGUCGAAGGUUGCACGGAGACAGGGAUCAAAAGAAGACAAGGCCCACCAGAAAAUUACACCCCGAAAUGAGUAUUAGUAGCACGAGCAACAAGUGAAGCUCUUGUUUUUCUUCCGAGCACUUCCAGUCGAGCACUUACUUUUGGUUUCCCGAAUAAUCAGAAAAUUUGGUUUAAAAAAUAAGACUGGUACGGAAGAUGGUCUGGUAAAAGUUAAGGGUUAUAUCCCAAACCUCAGUAUAACGAACUCGGGUAUAACGAAUUAUCGGUUAUAACGAAGUAAAUGAAGAAUAGUCUUGUCAUAGAUGCUGUGUUACAGAUAAACAUUUAUAACGAAUUUUCGGAUAUAACGAAGUUAUUUUUGUGGCAGAUGUGACUUUGUUAUAAUGAGGUUUGAGUGUAUUGGAUACAUGUGAUGUCUGAGCGUAAGUUUACUUAUGCUAAGGGCCAAUUAACUGUCAGGAUAAUUAAUGAAACUUAAUUGAAUGGGUUCGUUGAAAGAGCAGACGUUUUUCUUGUGAGCAGCUGGGACCGCUGCGACACCUGGCGGAGCAGGUCGCAGCAACGCGCUUAUUUUUACGUGGCCUCUGAGAUCCGCUUCAGCAGCACGACGAAACACUAACUUAACCCAGAGAACACACCAGGACACACGAACACCGAUGUGAGAGUGCCACUUGUAUGUAGUGGCCACUGCACUCAAACCUCGAUAUAACGAACAAGGAUAUAACGAAUUACCGGUUAUAACGAAGUAAAUGAAGACUAGUCUUGUCAUGGACAGAGUGUUACAAAUAAAUGUUUAUAACGAAUUUUCGGAUAUAACGAAGUUAUUUCCGUGGCGGAUGUGACUUUGUUAUAAUGAGGUUUGAGUGUACUUCCAUUUCAAUCAUACUGGCACAUGGUGCACUCUAUUAGUGCUCAACCUUUCUUAUGUUGCCGCACACUUGGAGGUGACUCAGUCAAAUAGACUGAUCAGCUCCUUGUAGUAAGCAACAUGUAGCAGCGCUCCUUGGUGGCUGCAGUACCUACACUACACAGCAGAUGCAGCGACCAUAGGGAAGUACCACGACAUGCAGAAAUCUAAACAAGAAAAAAAUUAAGGCAGCCUCGCAGUGGUGGUGCCAAGCCUGAAGGAAGUGCGGAGCUGGGCAGCCUUCUUUGUUUCUCUUCGAUUUUCUCUUGCUUUCCUCCUCUCUUUCUUUCUUUUUCUCUUUUACAGUUUUUUCUGUCUUUUUUUCUCUUUUUAUUUCUAUUUAUUUCUUCCUCUCUCCUUAUCUUUCUCUCUCACACUUGCUUCCUCUAUUUUGCUAUUUUUAUACGUGGCUUUGCCUGCGUUACUCCGAGCGACGACAGCAUACGACAGCCCGGGCCCCUAAAGGGCUCCGGACCUUUCACCAUCAUGGCGCCUAAAGAACGAGAAGACUUCUCUUUGGGCGGGGAAUGUCACUGGAGGAGAAGACUUCUCCUCCAGUGACAUUCCCCGUCCCACAAUUUAUCAUCAAGUGUAAUGCAGAGCAUUUCUCAAUUGCACAAAGGGGCCAGAGUUGAACCUGUGCACUCCUCUCUGAGCGAGCCACUGGAAUACCUGGAGCAAAUGAGCCUUGUCCUGCGCCAACUUGACUAGUGGAUAGUAGCGAAACCAAAUUGCACAUAUUGGAGCUCGUUUAGUUAGCUAAGUAUGAAGUGAUAUCUGCCGAGGUGUCUAGCUCACGUGGCAUAUAAAAAAGAACCAACAAGCGGGCAAGUGUACAUGUGUUUUCAUAGACAUGAUGAUUCGGUAAGUCGUGUAUCGAGCUCUGUACGAGACAGGUGACCGCCUCAGUCAUCUAGUACGUCAGAUGCUGCCAUUCGUGAGUGUAGAAGGAAACAAAUUAAGUGAAUGACUAGAUUGAGAUUAAAAGAGCAGAUGUGAAACAUUCAUGGGGCCCCUUUACUAUUGCUUGUCACUGAUGCAGAAUCUAGCUUGCCAACUAUGCUGUUCAAAUGGCAGGCAGUCUUAUCAUUUGUGGUGUUGUACCAUAGCUCAAAAUGCCAACCAGUCACUGAAAACAUUUAACCAUACGCUGUAACAUUACACUAGUGUCUGGAUCCACCUUCAAUUUCUACAUUUCACGUAAAGAUUUCUAUGAGAUGUCUCGUUAACAAUCUCGGUGUCUUUAUUGACACCUUCACUAAGCAUCUGUGUUUUUCCGCUAACACUAUAGCAGGCUGCAGCAACAAUUGUGCGAUUGCAUUCAUUACCUUUGAUAGUUUAGGAAUAAUUGGACAAGCAUUACUCACCUAUUAAAGGUGCAUGCAUGUGGGGUACAUUUCUGGUUCAAAUUAAAUGCAAACCGCAAUGAUUUUGUUUCGUGAAACUCUAACUUCAGCAAAAAAAAAGAAAGGGCUGUAUUUGAGGUUGGCGCAGUGAUGCACGCGGUUAACAUUGCAUUUGCACUGGUUAUUGCGGGAAUGCGCGACCGUUUCUUAUCUGGAACUUCCGUAACGGUGGCUGGCAUAGGCUUGCUACUGAGACGACACUGGUUCAUAUCGUUAACUAUGCAUUUCAAACAGAUACAGGAAGUUGAUCUCAAUAGUAGUGUGGCCUAUAAAGAAGAGCACGCCGCAGAUGCAUGCAAGCAUAUAAAAAUUGCAGCAACCAUGUAUACUGUAUAGGCUUGUGUAAGGGCUACACAGUUAUACUUGGCAGCUGAAAAAUGGGAGGCGGGGGACAGAAAAGUAAAAUUGAGAAACAAAUUCCAUGCGACGAAGUAUAUUUCAGCCGAUAAACUUGAAGUAAUUAAGAGCUUUGAAUUUAAAGGGAUCUUUAAAGCAGCAUCUUACAUGAAAAAUUCCGUAAUCUACAAUUUGCUAGUGAACCAAAUGUAAGCAUAAUUAGUAGUGGUAGCAAAGACAUGUCACUCACGCAGUGCGCAUAAAUCUGUGCGUAAAUCUAUUGUCAAAGCAAUACUCGUCACUUUUUUGGUGGCAUGGAGUUGCAGAAUAAUAAGGCGAAUCAUGGCGCAUUUCAUGUGCGUAGUCAAAAAAUAAUUAGACAAUAUGGCCUUCUCUAAUGUAAGGGCUGCACCCUGUCAAGAGUAUGACAAAAAGGUGCGGCUUUUACACAAGCCUAUACAGUAAUGAUGAGGCACAUGAUAAUGUGCCCACGUUUAGCAAUGGCAGCUGAACUAUGCUUGGCUCACAUGGCUGAUGUACGGCUGACGCAAAUGUGCUUGAAGUUCUAUAUUAAUUGCCGAAAAUUGUUUGCUAGAUUGUAUGUAUGUGGUUCCAUAAAUGUUGGGUCCUCCGAUAAAUGAAAAAUAUUUUGUUUUCAGAAGAUCUUGCGUCUAUUAGUGCUGUUCACUAUGUAGUGUUUUGAUUGGAACUGCAAAUUGUGUUAUGUUGUAUGUGCAUACUUAUGGUCAAAGACUAUAUAUCUAGUGUGCAUCGCA